UCAUUGGGAGGAACGGAAUCACUCAUGGAACACGCCCUGUCGAUGUCACAUAGUAGCCAGCUCCUACGUGAAGUCAAAGAACCAAUGGUCCCUCCGGGUUUGCUUCGACUCAGUGUUGGAAUCGAAAACGCUGAAGAUCUCGUCGCUGAUCUGGACAGGGCACUUAGCCGCAUCUGA